CGCUCCCCCUCGCCACUCGCCACUCGCCACCACAGCCCCCGCGCGCUGUAAGCCCCACGCGCGACACGACCGCGCGCACGCGGAGCAAGCAACCGUCCAGGCUCCCACCAUGACCGACGCGGGCGCCGCCAGGGCCAGGAGGCCGGGCGGCGGCGGCGACGGGGACCUCCCGCUCCGCCCGCCGGAGCCGCCGCGGGACCCGCUGGAGUUCCUGUCCCGCUCCUGGAGCGUGUCGUCGUCCGCGGCCGACGACGUCUCCCGUGCGCUCGCGCCCGCGCUGGCCUCCGGGGCCGCCAUCGCCGAGGACGUCGCCGGGGAGCUCGACGCCGCCUCCGGGUCCUCCUUCUCCUUCGCGUCCGCCGCCACCUCGCAGCUCGUCUUGGACCGGAUCAUGGCGCCGACGUCGGUGGAGGUGGCGCCGCUGACCUCCGGCCGGCUCUCCCACAGCAGCGGGCCUCUCAACUGCGGCGGGUCGCUCUCCGACAGCCCGCCCGUCUCGCCGGAGAUCGACGACACCAAGUUCUGCAGAGCGGUGAGUCUGAGCACGCCGAAGCCGCAGCCGUACGCCCGCGGCGGGAGCAAGACGGUGGGGCGGUGGCUCAAGGACCGCAGGGAGAGGAGGAAGGAGGAGGCGCGGGCGCACAACGCGCAGGUGCACGCCGCCGUCUCCGUGGCGGCCGUGGCCGCGGCCAUCGCCGCAGUGGCGGCGGGCAAGGGUGCGCGCACGGACAUGGCGGUGGCGUCGGCCGCGACGCUGGUGGCCGCGCAGUGCGUGGAGGCCGCGGAGGCCCUGGGCGCCGAGCGCGAGCAGCUGGCGGCCGCCGUGGCGUCGGCCGUCAGCGUCAGGACCCCUAGCGACGUCGCCACCGUCACGGCCGCCGCCGCCACAGCGCUACGUGGCGCGGCGACGCUCAGGGCCAGGGCGCUGAAGGAGGCGUGGAACGUCGCGGCGGUGACCCCUGUGGAGAAGGGCGCGAUGACCGGAGGCGGCGGGCAUCACCUGCACGGCGGCGGCUACAAGCACGAUGGCCAGCAGCAGCGGCAGCGGCUCCUCAGGGAGGUGGAGAGCAGCAACAGCAGCAGCAGCUGCUUGAGCGACGAGCUGGUGCUGGGCGAGGAGAACAACUUCCUAGGCAUCUGCACGCAGGAGCUGCUCGCGCGCGGCACCGAGCUGCUCAAGCGCACCCGCAAAGGGUCGUUGCAUUGGAAGGUCGUCUCUGUGUACAUCAACCGCGCGGGGCUGGUGAUGCUGAAGAUGAAGAGUCGGCACGUCGGUGGCACCAUCACGAAGAAGAAGAAGAGCGUGGUGGUGGACGUGUGCCGGGACGUGGCAGCGUGGCCCGGGCGGCACCUGCUGGACAGCGGCGAGCACCGGCGCUACUUCGGCCUGCGCACCGCGGAGCAGCGGGUAAUCGAGUUCGAGUGCGGCAGCCAGCGCGAGCAUGAGGUGUGGACCAAGGGCGUCGCGCGCCUCCUGGCCGACGCCCGGAAGCGCUGAGCGUCUGGUACUGACAGUGACAGGUACCCGGGUCGCCAUGUAAUGUAAAGUUAGGUCGCUGUAAAGAGCAUGCAUGCAAAUGCAGAUGCAGAGAUGAUGUUGUGUGAUGGCAUCCCGUCAUCAUGCAUGGUGAUUGGGGAGUUACUGACUAUAGAGGAGUUAAUGUUGCCUCUAAUCAGUUGAACUUGCUGAAUGUACAUUUCACAUCACCGGACGUUUCGAUCCAUUUAUUUUUAGAGGAAUUGAAAUUUCGUACCUUUAA